AUGGAGUCUAUGAAAGAUCAAUUUCAGUUCUCAACCACCGAAGUGGAUGAAGACAUGUUCACAGAGUUGUUAAACUUGGCGGAUGAAGACUUCGAAAGAUUUUGUUACGAUGUGAAGAUUGGAGUUGAUAUUAACGAACAAAAAGAUGAUGAUGGAACGUUGUUUCACAAUAUUCGACCUGGUCAAUGCUUUGGCAUUUGCGGGGAAGAUGGUCCAAGCAAAAGAGUACUAUACGAAAUAUUAGUUGGCUUAGAUAAUCCAUCGGCAGGUGAUGCUUAUUUGAUGAACUUAAGCCUUAUGAAAGAUAGAAAAAAAUAUAUGAGAAAUAUCGGUUUUAGUCCAUGUGAAAGUGCUUUAUUUACUGCUCUGACUGGACGAGAAGUUGUGACAUUUUUCACAUCAUUGCUAGGAUUAUCUCGCCAUUAUCAGGCAAAGGAAAUCGAUUUUUGGAUUUCAUUUUUAGGAUUAACUAAAAUACAGGACUAUCCUUGCUACAGAUACGCACCAGGAAUAAAAAUGAAAAUGAGUAUUUUCAUAGCAUAUUUAUCAAACGCACCAAUAAUAAUUUUGGACCACCCAACAAAGUCUGUUGACCCAGUAUCGAAACAUGGCAUUUAUACUUUAUUGGAGUAUGUUCAAAGAUCAGGAAAGGCGAUCGUUAUGAUAUCAGACAGCAUGUCCGAUUGUGAUUUGUUAUGCUCCCGAUUGGCGAUUUUAGCAAGAGGCCAAUUCAAAUGUAUUGGAAAAAUACAAGAUUUGAAAGAGCGAUUUGGUGUUGGAUACACGGCGAUAGUUAAAACUAGAGCAACAGACAGUGGAGAAUUUAAUAUGAAGCUCCAAGAUUUAAAAUCAGAUCUGACCGUGAGACUGACUGGCCAAUUGAGAAGUAGCGUUGCAGGAGUAUUGCACUACCAGCUGAUGGAUCCAAAACUCAACUGGGCAUCUAUUUUUCGUUCCAUGGAGUUGCUGAAGGAGACCCAUGAUAUUGUAGAAGAUUAUGCGGUGACAGAAUGUUCUUUACAAGAAAUGUAUUUCCAUUUUACCGAAGCAUGGAAGAAAAAUGCACCAAAGACUUUCGAAAAACCACCGAGCAAAAAACAAGUAAUGAAAGCCUUCGAGAUCAAAUUGGAACGCGAAAAGGUCAAGAGCAAGAAAAGAGUCAUUUUGGAUUUGAAAAGAAUGGGUUCUAUGGAUUCCAUAGAUUAUGGAUACCACAGGCCAAGGAGAUUCCUAAGGUGCGCUGAAGAAUACGAAAACAAGCCAAAACCGCCGAUGGCAAAAACUUGUGUUAUUUCGUAA